AUGGCCGACAAAUCGAAGAAGGGAGGCGGGGGCGCAGGCGGAGAAGGAGACCAGCCCUGGAUUGAUCUGGUUCUCAACAAGCUGCUUUUUGAACUUAAGAACAAAAAUCCUGAUGUGCGGACCAAGGCAGCCCAGAAGCUGAAGACCUACGUGAUGGCACAAUCGCGGGAGAUGUCAAGCGAACUCUUCGCACGCUUCAUGAAUGACCUCACCAACAAUCACAUCGCUGAGCUAGCGCACAGUCAACUCGUGCACGAGCGAAUCGGAGGCAUCAUGGCCGUCGCCGAACUCAUAAACAUCGAGCACGACGACAACGCACACAGGAUGCGCUUGGCCGAUUACCUGCAAGAGGGACUCCAAACCAACGACCCCGGCGCCAUGAAGAUGGCCGCGAAUGCUCUCGGUCGGCUGGCCCAGGCCAGCGGCACCCUGACGGCGGAGUUGGUGCAGCAGGAGGUCAAGCGCGCUCUCGACUGGCUGCAGGGCAAACACGAAUCGCGGCGCUACGCCGCGGUGCUGGUGCUCAAGGAGCUCGCCGUAAACUCGCCCACCCGCUUCUACGUGCACGUGUCGUCCUUCUUCGACCUCGUCUGGUCGGCGCUGCAUGACAACAACGUCUCGAUCCGGGAGGGCGCGGUCGAUGCGCUGCACGCCGCGCUGGCCCUCAUCUCCGAGCGCGAAAACCGACUCCGCACGCAGUGGUACCACAAGAUAUACGAGGAGGCCCAAAAGGGGCUGCGCCAGAACACAGGCCCUACCAUCCAUGGCUCGCUCAUCACCUUGGGAGAGCUGUUGCUCAACACGGGCAAUUUCAUGUCCAUGAACUCGCGGUUCAAGGACGUGUGCGACACCAUCCUCAAGUACCGCGACCACAAGGAGCGCAUCAUCCGGCGCACUGUCAUCAACCUCCUCCCCCGUCUGGCCGCCUUCGCCCCCGAGGAGUUCGCGGCCAAGUACCUGGACGUGUGCAUGCAAGCGCUGUUGGGCGUGCUGAAGAAGGACGGGAAGAGCGAGGAGCGGGCGAGCGCCUUCCUGGUGCUGGGCCAGAUCGCCCACUCGGUGGGACCCGGGAUCGAGCCCUACCGGCCGCAGCUCACCGCCCUCAUCAAGAACGCCCUCGAUGUGCGCAAUCGGGGCUACUGCCUCCAGUCGCUCACCUGCUGGAGCAUGGUCAGCUCCGCCCUCGGCGCGGCCGUCCAGCAGGACAUGCCCGAAAUCCUUGACCUGAUGUUCAAGAGCGGCCUGAGCCCGGAGCUCACGGAGGCGCUCACGGAGCUUGCGGCGCACAGUCCGUCGACGCUGCCCAACAUCCAGGAGAAGCUCAUGAACCAGAUCUCGUUGGUGCUGGCCGGCAAGACCUUCGUCUACCCAGGAAACCGGACCAACAUCUUCAGCCACAUGCAACAGGACACCCAAUCAAAUUUCAUACAACCGACCCUCAUCCAACUCCUCACCGAGCUCGAAUUUAGCGGCGACAGUCGUAAUAAGGAGGAGAGCGCGCGGCUGCUGGGGCACCUCAUCAGCUCGUCCCAGCGUCUCAUCAAGCCCUACGUCGAGCCCAUUCUCAACGCUCUGCUCCCCAAGCUCCAGGACACGAACCCGCGGGUGGCGUCGUGCGUGCUGGCGACGCUGGGCGAGCUGGCGACGGUGGGCGGGGCGGACAUGACCCCGCACAUUCCCCAGCUGCUCCCGCUCAUCAUCGAGACCCUGCAGGACCAGAGCUCCGCCGUCAAGCGCGAAGUCGCCCUCCGCACCCUCGGCCAGCUCGCCGAAAGCGCCGGCUAUGUGAUCGAACCGUUCAUACGGUACCCGAAGCUGCUGGAGAUUCUCAUCAACGAGAUCAAGACGGAGCAGGGCGCGUCGAUCCGGCGCGAGGUGGUCAAGGUGCUGGGCACGCUCGGGGCGCUGGACCCCUACAAGCACAAGACCAUCCAGAUCGAGGUGCGGCAGGAGAAGAACCAGGUGGCGGGCGCGGGCGACGGUGUGGGCGGGUCGGCCCACCAGCCGCCCCAUGAGGUAUCGGGCAUGGGCUCCGAGGAGUACUACCUCACCGUGUCCGUCGGCGCCCUCAUGAAGAUCCUGCGCGAUCCCUCCCUGGCCCAGCGUCACAGCACGGUGAUACAGGCGGUGAUGCUCAUGUUCGAGUCACUGGGGCUCAAGUGCGUCCCGUUCCUGCCGCAGAUCAUGCCUCCGUUCCUGGCCUGCAUGCGGACGAAGGAGAAGAAGCGGCUCGAGCCACUCUUCAAGCAGCUCUGCCUCCUCGUCUCCAUCGCCAAGCAGCACAUCAAGGACUACCUGGACGAAAUCUUCUCAUUGAUCAAGGAGUACUGGAACACCGGUCUUCUCGACCAGAUCAUCACCCUCGUCGAGGCCCUGUCGCAAGCACUCAAUGACGAAUUCAAAGACCUGAUGUUCAAGAGCGGCCUGAGCCCGGAGCUCACGGAGGCGCUCACGGAGCUUGCGGCGCACAGUCCGUCGACGCUGCCCAACAUCCAGGAGAAGCUCAUGAACCAGAUCUCGUUGGUGCUGGCCGGCAAGACCUUCGUCUACCCAGGAAACCGGACCAACAUCUUCAGCCACAUGCAACAGGACACCCAAUCAAAUUUCAUACAACCGACGUAUAUGGAGAGAAAUGCAGCAAUUCAGCUGGCACUGGAGACGCUGGGCACAUUCAACCUGCAGGAGAAGCUCCUGGUCGAGUUUGUGCGCGAAGUCGUCGUCGGAUUCCUCGACGACGACAGCCCUGCGAUACGCAAGGCAGCGGCGUUGACCUGCAGCAGUCUGCUAGUGCGGGCCAACAGGAACGCACCCGUCCGCGGCCAGCUCUCCGUCGUCAUCGGCGAAGUGCUCGAGAAGCUGCUCAUCGUCGGCAUUGCCGAUCCAAAUCCGGCGAUUCGCGAGACGGUGCUGUCGCGGCUGGACUCGCGGUUCGACUACCACCUGGCGCAGGCCGAGAACCUGCGCUCGCUCUUCAUCGCCCUCAACGACGAGGUGUUCGAGAUCCGCGAGCUGGCCAUCACCACCAUCGGCCGGCUCACCAUCCGCAAUCCGGCCUACGUCAUGCCCUCCCUACGCAAGACCCUCAUCCAACUCCUCACCGAGCUCGAAUUUAGCGGCGACAGUCGUAACAAGGAGGAGAGCGCGCGGCUGCUGGGGCACCUCAUCAGCUCGUCCCAGCGUCUCAUCAAGCCCUACGUCGAGCCCAUUCUCAACGCUCUGCUCCCCAAGCUCCAGGACACGAACCCGCGGGUGGCGUCGUGCGUGCUGGCGACGCUGGGCGAGCUGGCGACGGUGGGCGGGGCGGACAUGACCCCGCACAUUCCCCAGCUGCUCCCGCUCAUCAUCGAGACCCUGCAGGACCAGAGCUCCGCCGUCAAGCGCGAAGUCGCCCUCCGCACCCUCGGCCAGCUCGCCGAAAGCGCCGGCUAUGUGAUCGAACCGUUCAUCCGGUACCCGAAGCUGCUGGAGAUUCUCAUCAACGAGAUCAAGACGGAGCAGGGCGCGUCGAUCCGGCGCGAGGUGGUCAAGGUGCUGGGCACGCUCGGGGCGCUGGACCCCUACAAGCACAAGACCAUCCAGAUCGAGGUGCGGCAGGAGAAGAACCAGGUGGCGGGCGCGGGCGACGGCGUGGGCGGGUCGGCCCACCAGCCGCCCCACGAGGUCUCGGGCAUGGGCUCCGAGGAGUACUACCUCACUGUGUCCGUUGGCGCCCUCAUGAAGAUCCUGCGCGAUCCCUCCCUGGCCCAGCGUCACAGCACGGUGAUACAGGCGGUGAUGCUCAUGUUCGAGUCACUGGGGCUCAAGUGCGUCCCGUUCCUGCCGCAGAUCAUGCCUCCGUUCCUGGCCUGCAUGCGGACGAAGGAGAAGAAGCGGCUCGAGCCACUCUUCAAGCAGCUCUGCCUCCUCGUCUCCAUCGCCAAGCAGCACAUCAAGGACUACCUGGACGAAAUCUUCUCAUUGAUCAAGGAGUACUGGAACACCGGUCUUCUCGACCAGAUCAUCACCCUCGACAUGCUGGCCAUCCACUCGAUGGUGAUCCCGCCCAUCGAGGACGUCGACAACUGGCUCCGGUUCUCGAGCCUGUGCCGCAAGAGCGGCCGCCUGCGCCUCUCCUACAAGACCCUCGUCAACCUCCUCGGCUCCGAUCCCGCCCACCACCCACUCGACCUCGCCGCCUCACAUCCCGGGGUGACGUUCAACUAUUUGAAGCAUAUGUACGCCGCCGGGGAUAAGAAGGAGGCGUUCGAGCGGCUGCGCGUGUUCACCGAGGGCCUGCCCGGCGACGACGCCGCGCUGCAGGCCCGGUGCUACCUCACCAUGGGCCAGUGGGAGUCCGAGCUCAACGACAACCUGUCGGAGACCAACAUCCUCGCCCUGUUCAAGGCCGCGAUCGAGUACGACGACACGUGGUACAAGGCCUGGCACUCGUGGGCCCUGUCCAACUUUGAGGUGAUCAGCCACUACCAGAAGCUCAACAUGCCGGAGAAGAUCUCGCCCCACCUCGUGCCCGCCGUGGCGGCCUUCUUCCGCUCCAUCGCGUUGGCCCCGCAGGGCAAGAGCCUUCAAGACACCCUCAGGCUGCUGACGCUUUGGUUCAAGUACGCGGCCGAGAAGCAGGUGGAGGACGCGCUGGUCGAGGGCUUCACCACCGUGUCCAUCGACACUUGGCUCCAAGUCGUGCCCCAGCUGAUCGCGCGCAUCCACUCGCCGGUGCCGAGCGUGGCGCGAAUGGUGCACGACCUGCUGACCAACGUGGGCAAGGAGCACCCGCAGGCCCUCGUCUACCCGCUCUCCGUCGCCUCCAAAUCCCACGCCUCCGCCCGCAUGUCCGCCGCCAACAGUGUGCUGGACAAGAUGAGGAAGCACUACAACUCGAUGGUCGAGGCCGCGCAGCUGGUGUCGGUGGAGCUCAUUCGGGUGGCGAUCCUGUGGCACGAGAUGUGGCACGAGGGCCUCGAGGACGCCUCCCGCCUCUACUUCAGCAACCGCGACGUCGAGGGCAUGCUCAAGAAGCUCGAGACCCUCCACGAGAUCCUCGACAAGGGUCCGGAGACGCUGCGCGAGGUGGCCUUCCAGCAGGCCUACGGCCGGCAGCUGCAGGAGGCGCUCGACUGGUGCAAGAAGUACACGCGCUCCAACCGGGUGGCCGACCUCACCCAGGCGUGGGACCUCUACUACCAGGUCUUCAAGCGCAUCAACAACCAGCUCAAGCCCGGCCAGAUGAAGACCCUCGAACUCCAAUAUGUGUCGCCCAAUCUGCUGGCGGCGCGAGACCUGGAGCUGGCGGUGCCGGGCACCUACGAGGCCCGCACGGACGAGGUGGUCAACAUCGCCUCGUUCGCGCCCAUACUGUCCGUCUUCUCCUCCAAGCAGCGGCCCCGCAAGCUCUCCAUGCUCGGCUCCAACGGCAAAGAAUACACCUUCCUCCUCAAAGGCCACGAGGAUCUGCGGCAGGACGAGAGGGUGAUGCAGCUGUUCGGGCUGAUCAACACGCUGCUGGCCAACGACCGCGAAACGGCCAACCGGCACCUGAGCAUCCAGCGCUACGCCAUCAUCCCCCUGUCGCCCAACAGCGGUCUCAUCGGCUGGGUGCCCAACCACGACACCCUCCACGACCUCAUCAAGGGCUAUCGCGGGCCACGCAAGAUCGAUCUCAAUCACGAGCACAAGCUGAUGAUGCAGGUCACCUCCAAGUUUGACGAACUGUCCCUCAUCCAAAAGGUCGAGGUGUUCGAGCACGCGCUGGAGAACACGAAGGGGUCGGACCUGGACCGGGUGCUGUGGCUCAAGAGCCCCAAUUCGGAGGUGUGGCUGGAGCGGCGCACCAACUACACGCGCUCGCUGGCGGUGAUGUCGAUGGUGGGCUACAUCCUGGGCCUGGGCGACCGCCACCCGUCCAACCUCAUGCUCGACCAACACACCGGCAAAAUCACCCACAUCGACUUUGGCGACUGCUUCGAGGUGGCGAUGCACAGAGACAAGUACCCGGAGAAGAUACCGUUCAGGCUGACCCGGAUGCUGAUCAAUGCGAUGGAGGUGAGCGGGAUCGAGGGCAACUUCCGGUUCACGUGCGAGCGGGUCAUGCGCGUGCUGCGCGACAACCGCGAGUCGGUGAUGGCCGUGCUCGAGGCCUUUGUCUACGACCCGCUCAUCAAUUGGCGCCUGCUGCAGCCCACGUCGCCCGACAACGCCAACGAGACGAGCAGCGCCAAAAUGGUGCGCGAGACGACCAACACCGGCGAGCAAGAUGACGCGGGUGGUAUGGAGACGCCAGAGAUCUUCUCGCCCAGCGGCGAUGAUGACGGAUCGCCGCACACGGGGACCUUCCGCUCCAAGAGCGUCCUGUCGCGCGUGGCCAACGCCGAACUCGCCGCAGGCACCGAGAACGGCCUGAACGAACGAGCGUUGAUGGUGAUCGACCGCGUGUCGGCCAAGCUGCGGGGCAAGGACUUCAGCGACAAGCAGAGCCUGGACGUGCCGCGGCAGGUGCGGAGGCUCAUCGACCAGGCCACCUCCCACGAGAACCUGUGCCAGUGCUACACUGGUUGGUGCCCCUUCUGGUGA